AUGAUGAGCGGCCGGCUCCUGCUCCUUGCCGUGCUCCCCACGCUCCUGGGCCCCCCGGCUGCCACGGCGCAGAAGAGGAGCCAAGCAGUGUGCGAAGACGUGCUGGAGGCCGACAUCGCCUUCCUGGUGGACGGCUCGUCCAGUAUCGGCAGGAACAACUUCCGCGCCGUCCGCACCUUCAUGGACGACCUGGUGGGGCCCUUUGUGCAGGUGGUAGGCGAGAAGGCGGUGCGCUUUGCCGUGGCGCAGUACAGCGACGAGCCGCGGGUGGAGUUCUCCUUCUCCCAGCACACCGAUGGCGCAAGUGUCCGGAGGGCCAUCCAGCAGCUGACCUACAAGGGUGGCAACACGCGGACCGGUGCCGGCUUCCGCUACGUCGCUGACAACUUCUUCGGCCCCACGCAGCUCCGGCCCGGGGUCCCCCAGAUCUGCAUCCUCAUCACGGAUGGCAAGUCCCAGGAUGAUGCCGAGGGGCCGGCAGCGAAGCUGAAGAGCCAGGGCAUCAAGGUCUUUGCUGUGGGGGUCAAGAACGCCGACCACAAGGAGCUGAUCCGCGUGGCCUCCAUGCCCACCGAUGCCUUCUUCUUCUACGUCGGUGACUUCAAGCUGCUGGGGACGCUGGUGCCGCUGAUGACACGCAGGGUGUGCACAAGCGUCGGGGGCACCCUCUGACAGCCCCUGUGCUCCCCUACAGAUGGGCCGAGCCACACCGGCCCCUCCAACCUGGAGAUCCUGGAGCAGGGCCUCGACCAGCUGCGGAUCCGCUGGAUGGCGGCCAGUGGCCCCGUCACUGGCUAGCGGGUGCAGCGCGUGCCGCUGACGGGGCUGGGGCAGCCGAUCGUGGCAGAGAGGCAGGAGGUGAGCCUGGGGCCGCGGGAGACAAGCACUGUGCUGCGGGGACUGCGCGUGGGGACGGAGUACCUGGUCACUGUCACCGCCCAGUACGCCAACAGCAUCGGCAAGUCGGUGUCUGGCCGAGCACGCACCCGUGAGUUGGGUGUGCAGCACUUGGCCGUCCACAACGUCUCGGCACAGAGCAUGCUGCUGGCCUGGCAGCCCGUCGGUGGUGCCACCGGCUACCGCAUCUCCUGGGCGACCCUCACAGGGCAGGACAGGCACAGGGUGGACCUGGAUGCUGGGCGGACGUCGCAUGCACUGGGGGGGCUGCAGCCCAACACUGACUACGUGGUGACGGUGGCCCCACUCUUCGGGCAGCUGGAGGGGCCCACGGCCACCGUGCGGCAGAGGACGGAGGCGGGUGCGGAGCAGACGCUGCGGACCAACAUCCUGGGCCCCACAUCCAUCCAGGUGCUCUGGACUGGCACCCGCGAUGCCCGUGGCUACCGUCUGGAGUGGAAGAGAGCCACAGGACCAGAGCCCCCCAGGACAGUGUCGCUCCCCAGCAGCACCAACACCUACCAGCUGACGGGGCUGCAGCCAGGCACCGUGUACCGCAUCACCCUGUACACGCUCUACGACGGCGGGGAGGUGGCCACCCCUGUCACCACCUUCCAGACAGGCGUGGAGGCGCCCGUGGGUGCCGUGUCGGAUCUGCGGCUCGUCGAAGAGGUGGGCAGGCAGGUGCGGCUGGGCUGGACUGGCGUCCCCAGCGCCACCGAGUACAAAGUGGUAGUGCGCAACAACCAGGACGGCACGGAGAGGACGAGGCGUGUCCCGGGCAGCCAGACGGGGCUGGAGCUGGGUGACCUCCGGGAGGGCAUCGCCUACCUGGUGCGUGUCUCAGCGCUGGUGGGCAGCCGGGAGGGCAGCGCCGCCACGCUCACCUUCCGCCUCAAGUACCCGGCAGUGGGCAGCAUCUCGGAGCUGCGGGUGACAGAGGCCGGUCCCAGCCAGCUGCGGGUCACCUGGCGAGGGCUGCCAGGCGCCGGGGGCUACCUGCUGACCUGGCGAGGCAGCGACGGUCUGGAGCAAUCUCGGAUCCUCCCUGCUGACCCCACCACCUUCACCAUCGAGGGGCUGCGUGCCGGCAUCGUCUACACCGUUGGUGUCUCAGCCAUCGUUGAUGGCCGUGAGGGCAGCCCUGUCACCGCCACGGGGCGGAUAGCACCCGAGCAGGUGGGGACCGUGUCCCAGCUAGAGGUGCAGGCGUCCAGGAGCAAUGUCGUCCGCGUCACCUGGGUCGGCGUGCCAGGAGCCACUGCCUACCACGUGGUGUGGAGCCGCAGGGACGGGGGCUCGGAGAACAGCCGGAGGGUUCCCGGCCACAUCAGCUCCUUCGACAUCCCCGACCUGGAGGGUGGCGUUUCCUACACGGUGAAGGUGACGGCACUCAUUGGCAACCGGGAGGGCAACCCCGUUUCCAUCAUCGUCACUACCCCUGCCCCGGCCCACGUCACCAGCCUGCGGGUGACGGACGUGCAGAGAGACUCGGUGAUGCUCACCUGGACCCCCGUCCCUGGCGCAUCCAGCUACGUCCUCUCCUGGACCCCCCCCACAGCUGGGGGGCAGACGGGGCGGACGCUGCCCGGCACCGCCAGCUCCCAGCAGGUCUCCGGGCUGCGCCUGGGCCAGCGCUACACCUUCACCCUCCGCCCAGUCCUGGGGAGCAUGCCAGGCGCCGAGACCUCCGUCAGCGAGCGCACGGUCUGCAGGGAUGCCCACGGUGACAUCGUCUUCCUGGUGCACGGCACCCGUGACAGCUCCUCCAGCGCUGAUGCCGUCCGCACCCUCCUCUCCAACAUCGUGUCCGCCCUGGGGCGCCUGGGCCCCGAGGGCACCCAGGUGGCUCUGGCCACGUACAGCUACCGCAGCCUGCCCUGGCUGCUCCUCAACCGCUCCAGCGACCUGCCCGCUGUGCUGGAGCAGAUCCGUACCAUACGCUACGAGGAGCCCAGCGGCAACGCCAUUGGGGCAGCCAUCACCUUUGCCAGGACCUACCUGCUGAGCCCCGGCGCGGGGCGCCGGCCCGGUGUGCCAGCGGUGCUGGUGGUCCUGGCUGAUGGCCCCUCCGCAGACGAUGUCAUCGCUGCAGCCAGAGACGUCAAGGCGGGGGGGGUCCGGCUGCUGGCGGUGGGCUUGGAGGGGGCGGACCGGGAGCAGCUCCGGCGUGUGGUCACCAGCGAGGACCCGCGGUACAUCUACCACGGCGACGGCACCCUGGCAGAGCUGGAGGGGGAGCUCACUGAUGACCUCUGCACCAUCAUCUCUACCAGGCCGGAGCCAGAGCCGAAGCCCUGCCCCGUGCAGUGCCCCAAGGGUGAGAAGGGGGACCGCGGUGAGGCGGGACUGCAAGGACGCGUGGGACAGCCGGGCGCCCCCGGCGAGCCGGGCCGCCAUGGGCUGCCUGGCCCUCCGGGACCUGCGGGGCCGCGGGGUCUGCCGGGAGAGAGCGUCGAGCGGCCGGGCAAGAAGGGGGACAGGGGAUUCCCCGGAGCUGACGGGACACCAGGAAGCCCUGGUCGCCCCGGGAAUCCUGGAUCCCCAGGCCAGCCAGGGCCGCGGGGGCCGAUGGGGCUUUCUGGCCCGAAGGGGGAGAAAGGCGAGCCGGGAGAGCCCAGGGUGAUCGUGGAUGGAGGACAGGGGCUGCCAGGCCGGAAAGGGGAGCCAGGCACACCGGGCAGCCCUGGCCCCCCCGGGAGUCCUGGCCCACGGGGACCAUUUGGUGAUCCAGGCCCACCCGGUCCACUUGGGCCUGUGGGGCCACCAGGACCUCCGGGAGAGUCUGUGAAGGGGGAGAAGGGUGACCGAGGGGAGAGGGGGCCCCCCGGACUUGUGGAUGGGGCAGCGCCUCGAGGGGAGCCCGGCCCCCCGGGCCUGCCUGGGGACCCCGGGCCCCGGGGACCUGCUGGGCCCCCCGGCCUGAAGGGAGAGAAGGGUGACAGCAAAGAAGGUUUCCCAGGGCCACCCGGCCGCCCCGGGGACCCAGGAGACCGGGGCCCUCGGGGACCGCCGGGGGAGCAGGGCAGGAAGGGAGACCGUGGAGCGCCGGGUGAGCUGGGAGAGACGGGCGAGAAGGGGGACCGCGGUGUGCCGGGCCCCGAGGGCGAGAAGGGCGAGGUGGGAGCCCCGGGGCGCCCAGGGCCGUCGGGCAGAGAGGGAGCUCCGGGACCGGCCGGCCCCCGGGGGGAGAAGGGCGAUCCGGGACCACCUGGCAAGCCGGCUCCCAGCGUGGCCGUUGUUGGAGGAGAGAAGGUAACCCUGCCCCGGCUGUGCCCCCCCGGCCUCAUGCUGGCACCCCCCGGGGCACGGCCAUGCAGUGGGGGGAAGAGGGGUGGUUUGGGGGGGCUGAUGGUGCCACUUAAUCUGCUCCAGGGUGACAGAGGCUUCCCAGGACCAGAAGGACCUCCUGGCCCCAAGGGGGACGCAGGAGAUAAAGGUGCCCGUGGUGACCCUGGCCUGAGCAUCCCGGGGCCAGCUGGCCCCAAAGGCGAGCAGGGCGAUAGGGGUAUCGUUGGCCUCACGGGCAGGAGUGGCCCAAAGGGCGACCCAGGGGAGCCGGGGGAGAAGGGUGAGCCUGGCCGACCAGGCGCCCCGGGCCAGAUCGGGCUGCGCGGCAAGGAGGGAGAGCGUGGAGAGAAGGGUGAUGAAGGCACCCCGGGUGAAGCAGGUCUGCCUGGCAAACCCGGAGACAGGGGCCCCCGGGGCCUCCCCGGCUACCGCGGCCCCCCUGGGGAGAAGGGCGACUCAGGGGACCCAGGUCCCGAAGGCAGGAAUGGCAGCCCCGGAGCACCAGGGAGCAAGGGUGACCGUGGGGAGCCGGGGCUUCCCGGACCCCCAGGACGAACCGUCGACGUGGGGCUUGGAGGAGUGGGGGAGAAGGGCGAGAAGGGGGACCCUGGGGACCCCGGCGAGGAUGGUGCAAAGGGCGCCCGGGGCGACGCCGGCUCCCCCGGCCUGCCCGGAGAGAGGGGCGUGGAGGGCCCCCGCGGCCCCCCCGGUGCGCGGGGUGACCCUGGGGACCGAGGCCUGCCAGGAGAGAAGGGGGACCGUGGCCCACCGGGGCUGGAUGGUCGCAACGGGCUGGAAGGCAAACCCGGGCCCCCGGGCCCCGCCGGGCUGCGGGGGGACCCAGGGAAGCAGGGGGACCCUGGCCGGGACGGGCUGCCCGGGCUGCGUGGGGAGCAGGGACUGCCUGGCUCCAUGGGCCCCCUGGGACCACCCGGCAUCCCUGGCAAACCCGGUGACGAUGGCAAACCCGGCCUCAGCGGCAAGAAUGGAGAAGACGGGACACCGGGAGAGAACGGGAGGAAGGGAGACAAAGGUGACGCGGGACCCCCUGGCAGAGAUGUCCUGGGGCUGACGCUGCUCUCUCGGCAGGGCCACAGUGGUGCCAAGGGCGAGCAGGGGGACAGAGGUGUGCCAGGUCCCCUCGGCCCCCCCGGCCUCCCUGGUGUCCCGGGGCAGGUCGGUCCCCCAGGCCAGGGCUUGCCGGGCCUCCGUGGGGUGGCUGGACCGAAGGGGGACCCAGGGGAGCCCGGACUGCGAGGGGAGCCGAACAUUGAACGUAGCCUGGAAGCGCUUGGCAUCAAGGUUUCAUCCCUGAAGGAGCUCACGGGUGCCUACGAUGGGAGCUCGGACUCAUUUCUGCCGGUGUCGGAGCGGCUGCGGGGCCAGAAGGGCAGCCGGGGGGAGCCGGGAGAGAGGGGGCCUCCAGGCCGAGAGGGUUCCUUAGGCUUCCCUGGCGAGCGAGGACCCAAAGGUGACAAGGGAGACCCAGGUGCCCCCGGCCCCCAGGGCCCCAUGGGCCGUGCCGUGGGCGAGCGGGGUCCCGAGGGGCCGCCCGGGCAGCCGGGGGAGCCUGGCAAGCCGGGCAUCCCCGGGGUGCCGGGCCGGGCCGGGGAGCUGGGGGAAGCUGGGCGGGCUGGCGAGAAGGGCGACCGAGGCGAGAAGGGCGACCGGGGUGAGCAGGGCAGGGAUGGCUUGCCUGGCCCCCCAGGGCCCCCGGGGCCCAAGGCAGAUGUGGUGGAGGGCAGCCUGAUGGGCUUCCCGGGCGAGCGUGGCCCUGCUGGACCCAAGGGAGCAAAGGGCGAGCCAGGAGCUGAGGGCGAGCGGGGAUCCAAAGGAGAUAAGGGUGAGGGUGGCCCACGGGGCGAGCGAGGGGAGCCCGGCGAGAAGGGCAGGGAUGGCGCCCCAGGUCUCCCGGGUGAGAGAGGGCUGGCCGGCCCCGAGGGGAAGCCGGGCUUGCCAGGCUUCCCCGGCGUGCUGGGACGCCCGGGUGAUCCGGGGGAACCUGGCUCCGGCAUCCGGGGCUUGCCCGGUCCCCAGGGCAGCAUAGGGCUGCCUGGCCCCCCUGGCCCCCCCGGCCCGGGGGGCCCACCGGGUGUCCCCGGGCUGCCAGGACAAGUGGGGGAGAGCGGGAAGCCGGGCGUGCCGGGCAGGGACGGCGUGCCGGGGAAGGACGGCGAGGCGGGGAUGCCUGGGAAGAUGGCCAUCGCUGGCCCUCCUGGAGCCAAAGGCGAGAAGGGCGAGCCGGCGCUGCUGGAGGGCAUGCUGCUGGGAGAACCUGGUGACCGAGGCUUGCCGGGCCCCAAGGGCGAGAAGGGAGAGCAGGGAAGAUUCGGGGAGCCGGGAGAUCCCGGGGAAGACGGAGCCAAGGGGUCCUCCGGAGCCAAAGGGGAGAAGGGUGACAUCGGCUUGCCAGGACCACCAGGGCCCCCAGGCUUAGCAGGCAUCGCUGGGACACCGGGACAGCCAGGCCUGAGAGGGGACAAUGGGCAGCCUGGCCCACCGGGUCCCCCAGGAGAGAGGGGUCUGAUCGGCUUUCCCGGGAGAGAUGGCACCUCCGGACCACCGGGACCUGCGGGGCCCCCAGGGCCAGCCGGCAUACAGGGGGCCUCUGGCCUGAAGGGUGACAAGGGUGAAGAUGGGCGCCCAGGGCCAGAAGGGGAUCGCGGGCCGGCGGGCUUGCCUGGGAACCGGGGGGAGCGUGGGGACAAGGGAGACGCUGGGGCCCCGGGGCCCAAAGGAGACAAGGGCGAUACUGUGGUGGUGGAGGGGCCCACCGGAGCGCGGGGCAGCAAGGGGGAGCCGGGAGAGCGUGGUCUGAAGGGCACGGAAGGGGACAAGGGGGACAAGGGGGAGCAAGGCAUGCCUGGAGAGAAGGGGGCAAGGGGUGAGCAAGGCGAGAAGGGCUCCACGGGCUUCCCUGGGGCACGCGGCCCCGGUGGGCAGAAGGGAGAAGUUGGAGCGUUGGGAGAGCCCGGUGAGCCGGGCCAGCCUGGCCGUGAUGGGAUCCCCGGAGCCCGGGGAGAGAAGGGGGACAUGGGACCCCUGGGCAUGCGUGGCCCCAAGGGUGAUCGGGGCAUGAAAGGCGCCUGUGGCAUUGAUGGGGACAAGGGUGAGAAGGGAGAGCCAGGGAUCCCAGGGCGCUCAGGGCUGCCGGGGAGGAAAGGCGAGCCGGGAGAGCUGGGUUUGUCCGGACCACCAGGCAUCCCCGGGAAGGAGGGGCUCAUGGGACCCAAGGGCGACCGGGGAUUCGAUGGGCAGCAAGGAGCCAAAGGAGACCAGGGGGAGAAAGGAGACCGGGGUGCCCCGGGCAUUAUUGGUGGCCCCGGUCCCCGGGGUAGUGACGGUGCUGCUGGUCCCCCUGGGCCCCCAGGGAACGUUGGGCCACGAGGUCCUGAGGGUAUGCAGGGCCAGAAGGGGGAGAGAGGCCCCCCUGGACAGUCGGUGCCGGGGGCCCGUGGCGUGCCCGGCAUCCCUGGCGAGAGAGGAGAGCAGGGCAGUCCCGGCACCCAGGGCCUCCGUGGGGAGAAGGGGGAGCCGGGCAUGAUGGAGGAGGAGAUCCGCGCCUUCGUCAGGCAGGAGAUGAGCCAGCACUGUGCCUGCGGCGGCCGCUUCCCGCAGCACCUGGAUUCACGCGCUCAUGCAGUCCCUGUGCUCAAGUUGUCACAUGCUGAGGAGGAGGAGGGGCAGGACAGGCGGGUCAUGCUCGACACCGACGACCUUGACUAUGAGAGCAUGUACGGGGAGGAGGAGGACUACGAUGAGGUCCCAGAGAUGGACAGCUCGGAGCAGCCCGUGAUGGGCGGUGCCCGCGGCGUUAGCGGCGGCAAGCCGCGAUGGUUUGGCAAAGACCUGCGGGGGGAGGCUGGGGUGUUCCCCGUGCGCUACCCUCCAGCUCACACCCCUGCCAGCAGCACGUCUGUCUUUAAUUCAGGGGGUGCUCGCCUGCACCCCCCGGCCCGCCGGGGAAACCCUGAGGAUGGUGCUAUGUUAGAGGAGGCGCUCCUAGCCGCGCUGCGCUGCAGGAUGCUGCUUGCCUUCCUGGUGGUCCUCGGGGCGCCGGCGGGAGCCUGGAAGGGGCCAAGCCAGGAGCGGCUCCUGCUGGCCCCCGGAGCCGGGGACGGAGGCAAGCUGACAAGGCAGGAAACCACCGGCACUAACGAGAUGCUGCUGGGUCUCCCCGAAAUGAGGAGGAGCGACCGUGGCUCUGGGGAAGGGUCUCACCCGGACAAAGCCAGCCUGCUGCUGCUAGAGGAGUCAGCAAGAAAAGCGUUGCUCUGGCCAACGAGCCCAGCCGCCAAGAGACCUGCUGCUGGGAAAAAGGUGCGAAAGGUGUCCCUGUCACUUGAUGUCCCCACCCAAGUACUGAAAAUAUUGCUCGACCUGGCCAGAGAGAAGGAGCUGCAGGCCAAGGCGGCUGCCAACACGGAGCUGAUGAGCGUCGCGGAGCAGAGCGCAGCCGCCCCGUGCAAAGUACAGGGCGGCGCGAGCGAGGCAGAGGCCGGGGGCCGCCCGCGGGGGGAGCCGCUGGAGCUGGUGGGGGACACAGCCAUGCUCUUUGAGGACUACCUGCUGCAGGGUGAGUGCGGCCCCUUCGACCUGGAGCAGGCGCUGGCUUUGGGAACGGGGCAGGAGAAAUCGGGGUGA